UGCAGCAGGAAUAUCUUACUUCUAUCGGCCUCGUGGGAGCGCAGCAGCUUCAGACGCGGAAAACUGGAGGCGGAUUGAUAGGUGGCCCGUCGGCUGCGGGCAAAGUGCAGGAGAGGGUGUUUGCUGUCAAACACUUCGCCGGCACAGUUCUAUACGGUACUGAUGGAUGGCUCGACUUGAACAACGACAGAAUCGAGCACGAGCUUGAACAUCUCGUGGCGAAGUCUACGAAGUCGCUUUUGCGGCACGCGAUGGAGCAGCACGAGGAAAGUCAGAAACAAGAAGGAAUAUGCGUGGCCACCACAGGCGGCGGCCAAUUCUCCUCCAUUACAAAACGCUUUUUGAAGAGUGUGAAGGACCUAAGUCAGGAGUUGCAGGGACCUCAUAUGCAGCUUCACUUCAUACGAUGUUUCAUUCCCAACAGCCAGAUGAAGCCUGACAAGUUUGAAAGGAAGACCGUAUUGCAUCAGUUGCAACAUUCGGGAUCUUUGGCUCUGGUGGACAUCCUGCAGUCGGGCUUCCCUCAUAGAAUGCCACUGCGCGCACUCGCCUCCAAACUGCGCAAGGCAUUGACCCCACUUGUCGCGGAAAGGCUGAAGGAGCAAGAGGAAAAGGUGCAGAAACUUUUAGCACAUGCGGAACUGCAAGAUAUCGUCUCACGGGAGCGACGAUUACUGGAGACAUUAAGACACUGCAACCCUGUUGCUGCCAGGGACCGAACGCUAGUAUCAGCUACUCUCGGACUGUUGCCUCAGAGCCGGCCGGGCUCCUUUAUUUGUGGCGUUUCUCUGGUCUGCUUCAAGGCGGCCGUCUACGGAGAGGCUGCAGCGUUAUUGGCCGAUCCGGGCCACUUCUUUAAAACUCCCGAAGACGUGUGCCGACUUAUCACAGCUAUCCAGCGUCUGCGGUGGCGUGUUGCCGUUCGCAUCAUUCUGAAUGUGCAUCCGACCCUACUAUGGCUACAGCGGAGAGCCUUUCUGAUGAGGAAAAUUAAAGAAGCAGCGGUCACUGCUGCAGUUAGGAUGCUGUUGCUGAGAAAACUUGUUCUGAGGCCCCUAAGAGACCGUGUCCAACGUCGCAUUUCAAUUCGUCACGGCGUAAGAGCACUGGAACGUAUACUGUUGCGGCAGGGCCUUCAAACAUGGCGCAGGUGUCGAGAAGCGCUAGUCGUGGCGGAGGCAGCAAAGGCCCUUCUAUCUCAGCAGCGAGCAAAGGGAGACGACACGAUUUCAAAAACUCGUAGUCCCCGUGCCGGUGAAGUGUCCAGUGGGAAAGCCGAAGUGCCACGAGCGACGGAGGGAGAAGAAUACCAGUCGCAUCAUAGCUUACCGAUCUGGAAUGCUCGUUUAUUUCGUCUAAGGGGAAUAGAACAAGAGGGCCUUACGAAAGAGCACCGGGUUGCCCUGUUCCCUGGGCGAGAUUUGUACUCGAUCCACUACGGUGGUGACUCUUGGCCAGGUUCAGACCAGCCAGCGACGUACCAGGAAGACAGCGAGCAGCCUUUAGAAAUUCAGAAGGUUUCCUUUUCUUCGUCGUUGAUGCAGAAAGAAAAUCCGCCACACAACGAUCCCUCAGUCGGGCAGACUUCUGCUGCGGAAGGCAAAACUCCCACACCAGGUGAAAUCAGCACUGGGACACCUCUUGUGACUAUUGCCAAGCACCCAUCCUACACUAACUUAUACGUGGCGUGCACCUCAGCAGCUCAGCUUUUGUUGCUUUCGACGUCGUCCACUGCUGAUUCUGAGGUGGAGAACAGGCAGGCGGCAGACGAGAACACAAAUCGGUGUGCAAAAGGUGGUUCCAAGGUUUCUGGUGAACCGUCAACGUCUCUACCGUGCCUCGCUUUCCCUUCCAGAACACCCAGCUCUGCAGAUUCUCCCCAGUCUCUUGACAGCAGCGGCAAUAGCUGUACAACUGGAUCAGCCAAAAUUUCCGCCAAGAAGGGCAGAGCUCCUUCAUCGUGGGACUCUUCGCUUCCCAGAUCCGGCUCAAAGGAGCUGAAAUUCCCCACUAAGUUUUUGCCCUCGAUACCCAUUCCACCUGGGAAAUGGAUACCACGAGAUCUUCUACAGCAAGUGACCCGAGCUGUCCAACAGCAGGGAGAUGCAGGCCAACCACGGCCCCCCACUGUGAGACCCCUAAGUAUUUCCUUUGCAAAUCCACUUACAGCUGACUAUGCCAUUGUCGUGUGUCUCGUGCAAAGUGGCAGCAAAAACAGCAACACCCACAGUAGCACCAACAUCUUGGGAAAGCUCAUUGCUGUCCUAGUAGAUUUAGUGAGAAGGGCGCCAGCUGGCUGGAUUCCUCUAUGCUUUGCAUCUCAUGACAUUUCCAUCUGCGCCCGCCGCAACUCUGCCUUGCUUCAACAACUUUCUGAGGCAGCUCUAUCAUCAUCUUCCAACAGUCAUACUGGACAGAGCAGUGUCUCUGCUGAGGACCACCAGUCCCCACGAUGCCAGCGACCUACAGCGCGCAGCCGCAGCACCAUGCUCUCCACAGUUCGUCUGCAGCCUCUCUGGGGCAACCUGUGGGCUGUUACUGGACCCUCUCUACUGGCUGUCUUCUCAGUCAACCUGAGGUUCCUGCAUCACCCACCGGCACGUCCUGAAGGCCAAUCAUGCAUCAGGGACCCCCCGCUGCGCCUUCUGUGGAACAUGCCCUCCAUUCCGGUAAUAAUCUUGUUCACUGGCUCCCCACCGCAAUACGAAGCUUCCUCCAACUACCGUUAUCAUGU